AUGUAUAUUUAUGCCAAUGAGAAGCUGACUGAGUUUAUUGCAGCUGCAUCUAUGUCUUGGUUAUCCUGGCUCUUCACUUUGAGGCUGUGCUCAGCCCCAUCCUUGCUCCUUUUGGGGCUCGAAGGCAGUCAGCUGGGGCUCAGGGUGGGGUUGCAGGUGGCUCAGGCAGUGAGCUGUUCUCGGUGGGGAAAACCGGAUGACCAGGGUUUGUUCCAGGAUGGAGAUGUAGUUAUUGGUGGGCUUUUUAGUCUUUAUUACCAACCUCCAGCUAUAGACAACGGCUUCACUCAGCUGCCACACAACAAACCUUGCAAUGGUUUGCAAAAUCUUCCAUUACAGUAUCUCUAUGCGAUGGUGUUUGCGCUGGAGGAAAUCAAUCACAGUACAACCCUGCUGCCAGGUGUUAAGCUGGGCUACCACAUUCGUGACAGCUGUGCCCUACCCCUUUGGGCUAUGCAGGGAGCACUGUCGCUGGUUGGAGGAGACAGCGCCAGCUGUAAUACAGCAGACCCUCCAGACUAUUCUGCUGGGUAUGGAGAGGGAAUCGGAGAAAAAGGAGGUGAUCAGCCUGUUCCUGUGAUUAUUGGUGGUUCCUCCUCUAAAGCAGCCACGAUACUCUCCAGACUCCUGGGGCCUCUCUCUAUGAGCUACACUGCUAGCUGCCCCUGUCUGAGUGACAGGCACCAGUAUCCUAACUUUUUCAGGACCAUGCCCAGUGAUAUUUACCAAGCCCGGGCCAUUGCACAGCUUGCCAUGCGCUUCAACUGGACCUGGAUCGGGGCAGUGGUAGCAAACAAUGAUUAUGGCCAUAUGGCAAUAAAGGUGUUUCAGGAAGAGACUCAGGGGGCAGGGGUGUGUCUGGCAUUCGUAGAGACUCUCCAAAGGGAAAACAUUGUGAGUGAUGCCAGACGAGCAGCACUCACAAUUCAGGCCUCAACUGCGAAAGUGAUUCUGAUCUUUACCUGGUACACAGAUGUGAGGGAACUGUUCCUACAACUUGCCAAGAUAAAUGUGACUGACAGACAGUUUCUUGCCAGUGAGGCUUGGAGCACUAGUAGUGAUCUUCUCCAAAAUCCGGUCACUUCUAAAGUGGCAAGUGGUGUUCUUGGUGUGGCCAUUAGAAGUUCAUCUAUACCUGGAUUUGAAAAUUAUAUCAGAAGUUUGAACCCAUCUCGUCGUCCUGAUGAUGAGUUCUUAAGAGAAUUCUGGGAAAACAUGUUUGGUUGCAGUCCUGGGGCCACACCACUACCUCAGGCACACAGGUUGCCUCUCUGCAGUGGCACAGAGUCCCUGGAGGGAGUUCAGAAUCACUUCACUGACAUCUCUCAGCUAAGGGUGACAUAUAAUGUCUACCUUGCUGUUUAUGCUACAGCCCACGCCCUUCACAGCCUUCUCUCCUGCCCUGACAGAGACAGUUCUCCUGGAAUUAACAGCUCCACCUGCUCCUCUCCAAAACAUAUCAAACCCAUAGAGCUGAUGCAGCACUUGAGCAACGUGAAUUUCACCACACCACAGGGUGAAAUGUUUUACUUCCAAGGAGGUGACACUCAAGCAAAGUAUGAUCUUGUCAACUGGCAGACCACCCCAGAGGGUUCACAAAAACUUGUUUUGAUUGGUCGUGUGGACGGGUUUGACCUCCACCUCAGUGAGUCAGCUAUUCAGUGGAGCACAGGAUCCAAUCAGGUGCCUACUUCAGUGUGCAGUGAGAGCUGUCCCCCAGGCACCCGUAAGGCCAAUAGGAAAGGAGAACCUCUCUGCUGCUUUGACUGUAUCCCAUGUGCUGAAGGGGAGAUAAGCAAUAAAACUGGUUCUCUUAACUGUGAGCGCUGUCCAUCUGAGUUUUGGUCCAAUGCUGAUCAAACUGCCUGCAUCCCUCGCCAGCUGGACUUCCUUUCCUUUAAUGAAACUCUGGGCAUCACCCUGACUGCAGUAGCUGUGUCUGGUGCUGCAGUGACAACAGCUGUGUUUGUGGUGUUUCUUUACUACCGUCAAACACCCAUGGUUCGAGCCAACAAUUCAGAACUGAGCUUUCUGCUACUCCUGUCACUAAAGCUCUGCUUCCUGUGCUCACUGGUGUUCAUUGGUCGUCCAUCAGUCUGGGCUUGUCGGUUCCAGCAGGCAGCUUUUGGGAUCAGCUUUGUACUUUGUGUCUCCUGCCUCCAAGUGAAGACUAUAGUUGUUCUAGCAGCCUUUCGCUCAGCUCGGCCUGGUGCUGAAGCUUUGAUGAAGUGGUUUGGCCCAGGCCAGCAGAGAGGAAGUGUCUGCGUCUUUACCUCUGUACAGGUCAGAGUUUUCAUCUGUAUUAUUUGGCUAUCACUCAGCCCCCCAGUGCCUCAAGCUGACUUGGAUAUCCCGGGGUUAAAGGUCACCCUGAAAUGUGCCAUGGCCUCUGUGGUGGGCUUCUCUCUGGUUCUGGGUUACAUUGGUCUGCUGGCCUGCACCAGUCUCCUCCUGGCCUUUCUCGCUCGGAAACUCCCUGACAACUUUAAUGAGGCCAAACUGAUCACCUUCAGCAUGCUGAUAUUCUGUGCUGUCUGGAUAGCCUUUGUCCCUGCUUACGUUAGCUCUCCUGGAAAGUAUACAGUUGCUGUGGAGAUUUUUGCAAUACUCGCCUCUAGCUAUGGUUUACUUUUCUGCAUAUUUGCUCCAAAGUGUUUCAUCAUUCUUUUAAGGCCAGAGAAAAAUACUAGGAAACACCUGAUGGCCAGGUAG